UGUGUGAGCAGAGACCGUGUGCCGGUGAGCGGCGGGCCGAGCGGGCAGACCGUGCUGUGACCUGGGGGAGCUCCGGGCAGCGACCGUGGACGGCGGGGCGGCGCGCGCGGCCGCGGGCGCCGCCGGCGGGCCCAGCGGGGCGGCGGCGGCCGCCGGCGAGCUGUCGGCGGCGGCGGCGCCCGACAUGGCGGCCUACUCGCAGUUCAGCUACCAGUACGGCGCGUCAGCCUCACAGCUGCUGAUGCCCGGCCAGCCGAGCGCGCCGAGCACGCCCGGUACGCCGAGCACGUCGUGCUGUGAGACGGGCCGGCCGGUGGCCACUGACCCGGUGACCGGUCAGGCCAUCUGCUCGUGUCAGUACGAGGCCGGCGGCGGCGGCCGGUCGGGCGCACUGUGCGGCUACCCGCGGCUACCGGCCGGCACGGCACUACCCUACGGGCCGGCGUACUCGAGCGGCGGAGAACAGGGCGCCUAUCCCGGCAUCGGAGUCGAUAGCUCCUACUUCGCCUUCCCUGGUAAUCCGUACGGCCUGAAGGAGUCGGGUACGGGUGAUAUGGGGGUGUACGGAGGCAUCGGACCCACCGCGGCCGGCUACAGCUACAGCCCCUACGACCCUUCGCUCUACACGUACGCACCUUAUGACCUGGCGCACCGGAAGAAGAACGCCUCGCGCGAGUCUACGGGCACGCUGAAAAAGUGGCUUAGCGAUCACAAGAAGAACCCCUACCCGACCAAGGGCGAGAAGAUCAUGCUGGCCAUCAUCACCAAGAUGACGCUGACCCAGGUGUCGACGUGGUUCGCCAACGCGCGCCGGAGACUGAAGAAGGAGAACAAGAUGACCUGGGAGCCGAAGAACAAGACCGAAUCGGACGACGAUGUCGACGAAAACGGCGACUCCAAGGACAAGGCCGACCAGGACGGCACGGUCGGCGAGAAAGAUGCGUCCUCGGCCGACGGCGAGGGCCUGUCCCCGCUGGCCGGCGCGGAGGUCAAGGCCGAGGCGCUGUCACCCGACGCGCUCGACUUCCAGGCCAAGGGGGCGCUGGUCGACGGGCAGAAGCCAAAGAUCUGGUCCCUGGCCGACACGGCGGUCUGCAAGACCCCACCGCCGCCGGGGUCCUGGCCGACGGACCGGCUCGGCGGCGGGGGCGGGGGCGGCAGCGGCUACCUGCCGGCGGCGGCCGGGGCGGCCGGCCCGGUGGACUUUGCCAGGUACCCGCCGGCGCCGGCGGGCGGGUACGCCGGUCUGGUCGGGGGGUACAUGUCGACCGGGUACGGUACCACCGGCUACGGCGAGAGUCCGGCGGAUACGCCGCCGCUCACACCGCCAGGACUAAAGAGCGCCGCCAAAAUGGCCGGCGCGCACGGCAGUGGCGGCGCCGACGGCGGGGGCGGGGGCGGGGGCGGCGUGGCGGCGGGGUACAGUGGACAGUACUCGGGUAUGGCGGCGGGCGGUGCCGGACGCCUCGGCACCGUGGACCGACGGACCGACCCAUACCAGGCGCACAUGUCCAUGCAUCAGCAACACCAUCAGCAGCAACAGCAGCAACAACAGCACCAUCAACAGCACCAGCAGCAGCAGCAGCCUCACCUCCACCAUCAACAACAGCAACAGCAGCAGCAGCAGCAGCAGCAACAGCAGCAGCAGCAGUACCCCCAUCACCACCCGCACCAGUCGCAGCAGCAUCAAAUGACUGCCGACAUGGGCAACCCCUACGGCUCCGGCUACAAAGACGGCGGUCAGGGCGGAGCCACCAGUUCCGGUUACGUAUCACCUGUAUGAGCGGUGCUGGUGACCUGUGACCUGACCUGGACCUCACGCCACUGCUUAUACACCCACCGGUCACAGAUCGUUCGGUGGUGGAUUGAUGGGUCACGCCGACUCUCGUUCUCCAAAGUAAAUGUAUUCGUCGGUUCCGGUCAGGUCAGGUCAGAUCAGGUCAAUCACUGAUCUGAGCGACAUGGGGUUGGUAGCGAGGACAGAGGAGCGGGCUCCUCGGACCUCGCCAAAAGGCGUGUCAUCUGUGAUAUUAUAUGCCCUGAUCUAGCUGAGCGAAUCGACAGGGCCUUAUGGAGCCUAACUGCGCGGGCUGCACGUGCUUAGAUAUUUGUUGACAUUGUUUUUAGUUCAAAAGAAGUGCACGCGUCAGUGCACGGUGUGAGAGGUGCCGGCGUGGGGUGUGCAUUGUGCAGGGUGUGUCCUUGGACAGGGGAUUGGAGUCAGCCUGGCGCACUCUGCGGCCUCUCACCGCCGGUCAUACACGUCAUAUAUAAACCGCCUGGAGGCCUGCUCGGCGCCUCUAUCGCACCACAGUGCCCUGCGGUCUUCUCGUUUGUAUAUGCGAUUCUGCAUUCGGCAUUGCGUACCUGGGUAUACAAUAGAUGUGAUGCUCUGUUCAUGGACUGUUUUUGAAUAUAGUGAAAUCGCUAGCUGAAUAUAUAACGGUGCUUGUAUAGAUUACCCCAGCCAUGUUAGCAGUGCAGUUGCACAUAUAUCGCACAAUGGAUAGUGCACAGUCUCACAUUUGCUAUUGUGGCUGUAUGACAGCGAUGGUUGGAAGUGCACGGCUUUGCUAAGACAGCGUGGUUUGUGUUGCGGGAUGGGAGGGAUAUGGCGAGGGUCCCGGGGUGUCCGCCGUCAGUGGGGGAGGGGGAAGGGAGGGGCCCUCGGACAGCCGACUGAUCCUCCUGGCCUACGCCACCAUCACGGUACAGUUGCAAUCUGGGUUCAAAGUGGGCAAGAUGAGGAGUGAGUGACAGGGCCGUGUUUUACUUCAAAAAAACUUCUAUAGAAGCGCAGUUAUAUAUUGCCCAAUGUCCAUUGACUCUCAUUGAAUUUCUCAUUGAGUUUCUCAUUGAUUUUAUUUAGAAAAUAAAGAAAUUGCGCAAAAAAGAAAGGUAUAGCAUGAUUGCUGUAAAACUAUUUUUCUUCGGUCUUUAUUCGCACGCAAAGUUGCCGUAAAAAAUGAUAAUCACUAUCAACUGCGGUUGCGCCUAGAUUUACAAAGCUCAUACGCUCUGAAUGGAUAUACAAGUUCGCACGCGCAAGUGCAAGUCAGGCCAAGGCCCUCUAAAGUCAGCUACGAAACAGCCGGGCCGAUAUGGCAUUUACAAUGGGCGCCUGACGGCUAACAUUUAUAAACAUACUUCAGGCUGUUUUGGUUUAAAUGAUUGUCGAUUCCCCGGCCAAUUGAAAUGUCUAUGACUCUGUCUCAGACGGAGUUCCAAACACAUUGCUUCGAUGGUCGAGUUUGAAGAUGGUCCCCCAAAUGCUGCUGACACUGUCCGCCUCAAAGUCAAAUGGUAUUUGUUUUUCUUGGGUGUGUGGUACGUGACUCGAAGUGUGAUAUUUGUUCGUGUGUUCGGAAUACACAGGUCAUAAUGUC